AUGGCUUCAUCUCUGGUAAGAAUGACCUCCAGGUUUUUUGGCUUUUUACUUCUGGGUCUCUGGAUGGCCUCCAUGGUUUGCCAGUUUUCUGGCCUCCAGGUUCGUUGGCUUUGUGGGCCUUUGACUUCUUGGGUCUCUAAUGGUUUCAUGGUCCUUCAUCGGUCAUUGAUUCCAGGUAUAUAUCAUUCUCUUUGA